GCGGGAGCGCGGCGCACGGGGGUCCAAGAUGCCCGAGAACGGAUCCUUCCGCAACUGCUGCGAGGCGGGCGGGCGGGCCUUGCGCCCGGGCUGGCCCGGAGCGGGCGGCGGGCAGCCGUCCGGGUACCCUCGGCCUCCCUGGGUGGCGCCCGCUCUCUUCUCCGUGCUCGUCUUCACCACCGUGGUGGACGUGCUGGGCAACCUGCUGGUCAUCCUCUCGGUGCUCAGGAACCGCAAGCUCCGGAACUACGCAGGUAAUUUGUUCUUGGUGAGUCUGGCGUUGGCUGACCUGGUGGUGGCCUUGUACCCCUACCCACUCAUCCUCAUGGCCAUCUUCCAUGACGGCUGGGCCAUGGGGGAGGCGCACUGCAAGGCCAGUGCCUUUGUGAUGGGCCUGAGCGUCAUCUGCUCCGUCUUCAACAUUACUGCCAUUGCCAUCAACCGCUACUGCUACAUCUGCCACAGUGUGGCCUACACCCGGAUCUACCGGCACUGGCACACCCCGCUCUACAUCUGCCUCGUCUGGCUCCUCACCGUGGUGGCCUUGGUGCCCAACUUUUUCGUGGGGUCCCUGGAGUAUGACCCACGCAUCUACUCCUGCACCUUUAUCCAGACGACCAGUACCCAGUACACCGUGGCGGUGGUGGCCAUCCACUUCCUCCUCCCCAUGGCUGUCGUGUCCUUCUGUUACCUGCGCAUCUGGCUGCUGGUGCUGCAGGCCCGCAGGAAGGCCAAGUCCGAGAGGAGGCUGCGCCUGCGGCCCAGUGACAUCCGGAGCUUUCUCACCAUGUUCGUGGUGUUUGUCAUCUUCGCCAUCUGCUGGGCCCCGCUGAACUGCAUCGGCCUUGCUGUGGCCGUCAGCCCAGAAGAAAUGGCUCCUCGGGUGCCAGAAGGGCUCUUUGUCACGAGCUACUUCCUGGCUUACUUCAACAGCUGCCUCAAUGCCAUCAUCUAUGGGCUCCUGAACCAGAACUUCCGAAGGGAGUACAAGAAGAUUGUCUCGGUCCUCUGGAACCCGUGGUUCUGCUUUCAGGACACUUCCAGGGGCAGCCACACUGAGGGGCAACAGGGCCAGGAUCUACCUGUUGUUAAUGCCCAGCACCCCGUCCAGGCAGAUGCUCUCUAGCCUGGAUCUGAGACACACUGGCUGGGCGGCAAACUCAGCACUGGUAG